UUUACCGGUUAACUGAAAAUGAUUAUUUUUAUUACAAAUAUAUAAAAAAUAUAUAAAUAAUUUUAAUAUUUGCAAGAUAAUUAAUUAAUUUUUACAAUUAGUUUAAUAAUUUAAAAAAUUUAUAAUUCAUUAAAUUUAUUAAUUUUAUAUGUAAUUUAUUAUUUUUAUUUUCUUUAAAUUUUCAUUAAAUUUAUUAAUUUUAUAUGUAAUUUAUUAUUUUUAUUUUCUUUACAUUUUUAUUUUUUAUUUUUUACUUUUUUGCAAUAUUUAUUAAUUUAAUAUACAAUUUAAUAUAAUUUUUACAAAAUUUUUAAUUUUAACAAAAUACAAUAAACUUGUUCUUUGUCUAUAACCUCUAAAUUUUUGACAUGCAAUUAUUCGUUGCCUUAAUGACAAUUUAUAUAUAAAACAUAAAAUUUUUUUAAUUAUAAAAGAAUAUGGACAAAAAUAAAGAUAUUAUUGUAUGUGUACCAGGACAAAGGUUAUGUAUUUCUGACAAAGUUAAUAUUGCUGGACCAGGAACUUAUGAACAACAAGGUUAUAUUUAUUCGAAAUUAGCUGGUUUAGUAAAAUUAGUAGAAAAAGAAAAUACUCGAACUGUUGAAGUCCAUGGAAUAACAGAACAAAGUAUCGUUCCUGCACCUGGUGAUAUUGUAACAGCUAUGGUUACUAUUGUUAAUCAGAGAUUUUGCAAAUGUAGUAUAAAAUGUAUAGGUGAUAUUGUAUUAACAAGACCUUAUAGAGGUAUUUUAAGGAAAGAAGAUGUACGAGCAAUAGAUAAAGAUAAUAUUCAAAUGUACAAGUGUUUCAGACCUGGAGAUAUUAUUCUUGCUAGAGUUAUGCCAAUGACAGAAGGACAUACUUAUCAAUUAAGUACAGCAGAAAAUGAAUUAGGUGUAGUAAUAGCACACAGUGAAGAAGGUAAAUUAUUAAAGAUAAUAUUAUUUUUUUUAUUAAUAAUUGAUAAUUUUUAUGUUACAGGUGUAGCUAUGAUACCUAUUAAUUGGACACAAAUGCAAUGUCCUAAAACAUUACGAAAAGAGUUCAGAAAAGUAGCAAAAGUAAUUCCAGAGCAUGUUAUUGCAGAUCAAUAAUUUAAUAUUAAUAUUUUUUUUUAUGUCUAUUCAUUUGAAAAAAAAACAAAAUAAAAUAUCAAUUAUAGUGUAUAUAUAUAUACACAUAUAUAUAUGCAUAUAUUUUUUUCACAAUUUAAAUCAUAAUUCAUUUUAUUCAUAAUUUAAUUUAAUCAUUACAUUUAUAUUUUAAUAAAUUGUUAGACGCAUAAAUAAAAAAUAAAAAUUUAGAAGUUAUUAAAUUAUUAGAAUUAUUAUUAUAUUUAAAAAAUACAUUUGAAAUGGUUUCUUUAUCUAUGAAUUAAUUAAGAAUUUUAGAUAUUUAUUAAAAUUAAGAAAUUUUAAUAAUAUAAUUUAUAUACAGUAUGUACAGUUUGUAGAUAUUUUGAAAAAUAUGAAUAUUAUAAAUUUAAUAAAAGUAUAUCAAAUUUGUUGGCAAA